CAUCCGCAUCCACGCCCGACGUUGCCUCGUGCUCCUCCUCCCCUUCUCUCUCUCUCUGCUGCCGAACAAGCCUCAGCCACACACCAUCCCAUCCUAUCUUAUUAGCCUGCCCGUGGGCUCACAUCGCCUCUCCUCCACCCCCUCCUUCCCUCCCUCCCACCACCUACCUGGAGACGCAUCUUUUCGGCACCGUCGGGCGAGAGCCGACCUGGGGACCCAUCCGCCGACCGCCUAUAGGCUGCAUUGCCUUUCCUGGCUUGAUUCCAUCAGUCCAUCCAUCCAUCCAUCAUCCGUCCCUCUGUCCAUUCUUUCAUUCCUCACUCACCUUUACGUCCGGCGUAUCUUGUCCCUUCGCCUCUCCUUCUCUCGGCUCUCGCUCAUAAUCAGCAGUCGUUGUCGUCGUCGUCGUCGUCGUCGUCGUCGUCCCCGAACCUGCCCCGUCGAGUCGCAACCCCGGCCGCCAUUGCUGCUGUAGCUGUUUAACAACCAACAAUACCUCGCCUCUCGCUCGCCCCGGGCUCUCGGCCGCCGCCUGUGGGCCCUUCCUCAUGCCUCUCUUCCGCUUCGCCUCAGGUCGGUCUUUCGCAUUCGCCUUCUCCGUACAUGGAUCCGCCGGCCGCCCGCGACGCUGAUGGGCUACCGCUUCUCGCACCAGUCGGCGCGAAUUCCAAUGCGUCGGCCUCGCCCUCGGUCUCGCCUCCCCCAAAGCGUCGCCGCGCCGCUCCCGUCCUGGCCGACUGCUGUCGCACAUGCCGGCUGCGAAAGGUCAAAUGUUCCGGAAACCCAGGUAACGGGCCAUGCACGAAUUGUGCAAGACUCGAGCUAGCCUGCAGCUUUACUAUCGACGAGGAUGAGGACGCCACUGUCUCCAGAACAACGCCUUCGCAUAGCCACACAGAGGCGGGCACGUUGAGGAAAAGGGCACAGCGGGCCUGUAGUCAGUGUCACUCGCACAAGACCAAGUGCUCGGGCGACCUGCCUCGUUGCAAGAGGUGCGAGGCCAGUAACCUCAGUUGCGAGUACACUCCAGCCAAAAGAAGGUUCACCAAUGUUCGCUUCCAAAGCGCACCAAAGUUGUCCGACGUCGCUUCUUCCACGUCGAGCAAGCUGUCACCAGACGACGCCGCUAGUCCCCUGCCCACGUCGGGCAACUCUGUGGGCGCAUUCAAUCUCUUGGUGGACCAGAAUUCUCUGAACGCAGAGGACCUGCUCGCACGCAAGGACUUGAUACUACGCCAUGUGGAUGCCUUGAUGCAUAACCUGUAUUGGCUUCCCUGCCAGGGCUACUUUCACCCCAAGACACUGUAUCAGGAAAUCGAGGCAGGAACACUCGAUCCGGCUCAAGCGGCUUCCAUUUGUGCUCUCGCGAGCUUCUUCGUGAAUCCGACAGAAAGCGGCCGCGAAUUUGGUCUCAAGUGCAGCAACCACGUCGAGCUGUACCUUUUCCAUAACGUUCACAAGUUUUCCGACGAGUCGCUCGUCAUAUUUGCGCUCAAUAUCACCUUUAACUGUGUUCAAGGCUCGUUUGCCAAGGUCUGGCAAUGUUUCGGGAUAGCAACCCGACUCAUGCUGGGCCUGCGCAUCAACUGGGACGUGGUGCCUCCAGGCCGAACAUUUAUUCAGCAGGAAUGUCUCCGACGCAUAGGCUGGCACUUCUUCCACGUGGAUCGCCUCCUCGCUGGGGGAUACGACGAGUACAUAUGUUGCCGGGCCGACAUCAUGAAGAUGCCUCUGCCCUGCGACGAGACGGCAUUCAGGGAAAAUCGACCCGUAGUAGCAGAGAAGCUGUACGACAAACCGGGUCGAGUACCCAGAACCAUCAACAUGCAUGCGUUUCAAAUCCGCCUCAUCGAUUUACGGCAUCGCAUUCAGGUCACCACCAAAAGGCUUUGCUCAGCAUCUGGAACCAAUUUUUCACAUAUUGAUGCGUCCAAGAUCAUGGCCGACAUCAACGGACUGCAAAACGAGCUUACGCGCUUUCAUGCGUCCCUACCUACUGAUGUCCUGCUCAGUGACCAAAGUGUCUCACGCUACAUGGCCAUGGAGGAGCGUCCAGGUUAUGUUUUUCUCCACUGUCACCUUGCCGGGAGCCAUAUCGACUUAUACCGAUACUUUCUUCCCGGCCAAAAGGAAAAGAUUCCGGUCGAGAUUCUGCGAAAGCUACCGCCAGAGUUCAUAGCUCGCUCUCAGAAACAGGCCGUGGCGCACUCCAUGUCCUUUGGUCGAUUCUGCGACGCUAUCCAGAACGAGGUGGACCAGAUGAGGGACACGGGCAGGCUCGAGCUCGCCGGUGACUGUUCUACCAUUCAAAUUGGGACGAGUUGUGUGCGCGUGCUCCUCAUAGCCCUGCAGCAUCAGCUCUAUCGUGACAUUACCCGUGAGACAACCGCGCCGCUGUGGAGGAUGGGUGAUGUCGAUGAGUCUCACAUACGAUUCCUCAUCAAAGCGGUUCAGAGAAUGACUGAGCCUUGGCGAGACAUCUUGACGAUAGCUCAGCAAGCGUACGAACACAACAAGACUCUCGUUGACCACUACGACAAGACCAGGAAGGUCAGCGAUGGACAGUCACCGGACAGGGCGUUUCAGCCGCGAGCUAACGGCGAUGGGCGUCUCCCCGGGCCAGACUUUCUUCUCGAAAGUGUCGCCGCAGGUACCUUGGAUGACUUUCAGACGAAUAUGGUACCGGACACGCAGGGUUCCGACAGGUGGCUUCGAUCAUCACAGAUGCAGACUGGCGGAUCAUCCAGUACUUCAAACUCACCGUCAGGCGGGUUCGUCAUCGAGCCAGGGACGCCCGGUAUUCCCCUACUUCUCGCUCAAGCGCGAAGCGCUUCCAUGGACCCGUCUGAGAUGUGCGGCGGCAUGGACACAGAUACCACCAUGGUAGGCAUGGGCUCCGUAACCGCCGCCCUUCCCAACGGCCACCCGGAUGCAGCACCAGCCAACGGGCUGUCCAUGCUACCGAUGAACGGCGGCAUUGACCCAGCCAUGUAUCACCAACAGGCACAGGGAGUGCCUGGCGCUGCCUUUAUGAUGGCGCCACAGGGUGUCUUCGUCGAUGGAUACGGAGGCCAGUACCUGAACGGCCAGCAGCAGCCGCCGCCGCCGCCGCCGAAUUACGGGCACCAGGGGUAUGGAUAGCUUGAUCGGACGACGAGCUUUUGUCCUUUGUAUUGAGGCAACGAUACCGGGCCCUUUUGUAUAUAAAUCAUCACAUCACGGGCGGGGCGCGCGACAUGUGCCCUGUGAGAUGGGGGGAUCUGCGGGUGGCAAAGCGAAACAUGAAACUUAAAGCAAUGCGUGGCGCAGAUGGGCUUAGAGUCACUUACCUCUUUCUAACUUGCGGGCCCUGCCACUAGUGGAGAGAGAAUAUACGAAGUACAUGCCGCCGCAAAGGAAGUGGCUUUGCAGACUACCCUCUAGACCGGCCGAGCGACGAGCAUCGUUGUGUUUCAUUCACACUAGCAUACGGGGGCCGUCAUACAUAAUAAUCGAC